AUGACUGACCAAACCCACAUUGCUACUCUCGACUCGACCCUGGUCGAUAGACUGCCAGCCUACUCGAAGACGCUCUUCGACGGAAAGGCCUCCAAGAAGCUCACUUUCGAGGCCAUCGCGAAGGAACUAGGCCGUAGCGAAGUUGCCGUAGCCGCGCUGUUCUACGGCCAGGCCCAGGCGUCGGCCGAGGAUGUAGAGAAGCUGUCGAAGCUGUUGGGGGUCCCCAAGGAGAGCCUGGAAUCGGCCAUGAUGGGAUUCCCCGACCGCGGCCGCGCCGGACCCAUGCCUCCGGUCGAGCCCCUGAUCUAUCGGUUGUACGAGAUUGUGCAGAACUACGGAUAUGCGUUCAAGGCCGUCAUGAACGAGAAGUUUGGCGACGGUAUCAUGAGCGCCAUUGCGUUCUCCUCCAAGGUUGAGAAGGAGGUGGACCAGGACGGAGUGGCUUGGGUCAACAUCACCCUGCGGGGCAAGUGGUUGCCUUUCACCCGCUUCUAG